AUGUCUUCUACAGACUCUUCCACGUUACCAAAACCUACACCGCCAUGCUGGCUAGCAGACGUUAGGACCGAAAGUACAUUCGAGGAAAUCCCGGUCAUCGAUGUAACUGCUGCUUUCUCGUCAGAUAAGAAAGAGAGAAGGGAACUGGCAGAUAGGAUACGCGAUUCUGCUAUUAAUGUUGGGUUCUUUUAUCUGAAGAACCAUGGUAUACCCGAAGCCACAAUCACUGCUGCAGUGGAAGCAGGAAAGCGAUUCUUCGCUUUACCCGAAUCUGAGAAGAUGAAGAUUGACAUACACAAGACGGCGAAUUACAAGGGUUAUACGGCGCUUUUGGCUGAGAAUACGGAUGUUACUGGGAAUGGGGAUUUGCAUGAGGGGUUUGAUAUUGGGUGGGAGGCGAAGGAUUUGGCGUCUGGUGGUGCGGUUACGGAGGACCGGUGUGGUGAAGCUGGGAAUGGGGCUGGGGGAGCCAUGCAGGGAGGAAAUGUGUGGCCUGAGGGGUUGCCUGGAUUUAAAGAAGCGGUUUUGGAAUAUUAUCACGCUGCUUUUGCAUUGGGACAGGCGUUGUUCCCGCUGUUUGCACUUGCGCUUGAAUUACCUGAGAGGUGGUUCGAUGAUAAAACGACGAACCCUGCUGCGAUCAUGCGGCUGCUGCAUUAUCCGCCUCAAGAUCCAACGAAGCUGAACGAGAAGGAGAUUGGAAUCGGGGCUCAUACAGACUACGAGUGCUUCACCAUCCUUUGGCAAGACCCCUGUGGCGGACUUCAAGUCCAAAACACGUCUGGGAAGUGGGUCGAUGCAGUUCCCAUCCCAGGGACUGUAGUCGUAAACCUCGGUGAUCAAUUCGCGCGAUGGACUAAUGACGUCUUCAAGUCCACGCCUCAUCGAGUGAUUAACCGGUCGGGUCGUGAACGAUAUUCUAUCCCUCUGUUCUUUGGGACAGAUUACAACGUUCUUCUCGAGCCCAUCGAAACCUGCGUAUACCCAGAUUCACCACCCCACUACGAAGUGAUGACCGCAGGGGAUUACGUUAAAUCCCGUCUUGACGCUACCUAUGCCCACUCCGCACCUGCUUCCAACAUCUAG